UAAAGUCAAAUAAAAGCCCUUUUGUGGGGUCUUGUCUCAACUCAACAUUCAUUCUCAUUUCUCAGAGAAGCCGUCUUCCGCUUGUAAUCUCUCUCUCGAUCGGACAUCUUCUUAUCCGCGAUUCCAAUGUCGAGCCGUUGGUUGAGACCUGAGGUGUAUCCUUUGUUCGCGGCCACUGGAGUUGCGGUUGGGAUCUGCGCGUUUUCGUUGAUCAGAAACAUCACCGGCAAUCCUGAAGUCAGAUGUACAAAGGAGAAUAGGGCAGCUGGGAUUUUGGAUAACCAUGAAGAGGGAGAGAAGUACAAGGAAAACUUCCUGAGGAAGUACGUUCGCAACAAGCACCCUGAGAUCAUGCCUGGCAUCAACAAAUUCUUCACUGAUCCUAAAUACUGAUUAUCAAAACUUUGUUGUUGCUAUAUUGUUUCUUGGAUUGCAUCUCUUCAGUCUUCCCUAUGAUAUAAACCCUCAUUUGUCAGUUUCACAUUGUGAUGUAUCCUCAGCUUGGAUGACUUCUUAUGCUGUCACUUUAAAGCAUAUAAUAAUAAAACUACUUAUGUAUGAA